ACGAUGGCGGCAGCGGUAGGGGUGCUGCGGCUCCUGCUGGCCGGGUCGGGUCUGAGGAGGCGGAGACUGAAAAGCUCCUCACUGUCAGCUGGUGUUCCUAAACUUGAUUAUCACUCCAAGCCUUCUCACAAGUAUGUACCUAGGAGAGCUGUGCUAUAUGUACCUGCAGACGAUGAAAGGAAGAUACAAAAAAUUCCAUCUCUAAAUGUAGAUUGUGCUGUAUUGGACUGUGAAGAUGGUGUGGCUCUGAACAGAAAGGCAGAAGCAAGACUGACAGUUGUGAAAACACUCAAAGAGGUUGAGUUUGGCCAGACUGAAAAGUGUGUUAGGAUCAAUUCAGUGUCCAGUGGUCUUGCAGAACAAGAUCUCGAGGUCCUUUUGAGGUCCAGUGUUCUUCCUUCAAGCCUGAUGCUGCCAAAAGUUGAAAAUGCUGAAGAAAUAAGAUGGUUUUCAGACAAAUUUUUACAUCACUUAAAAGGCCGAACACUUGUAGAACCAAUGAAUUUAAUCCCUUUUGUGGAAACUGCAAUGGGGUUGCUCAAUUUUAAGGCAGCCUGUGAAGAAACAUUAAGCAUAGGAUCCCAAGUUGGCCUUCAUUUGGAUGCAGUAGUCUUUGGAGGAGAGGAUUUUCGAGCCAGCAUAGGUGCUACAAGUAGUAAAGAAACUCAUGAUAUUCUGUACGCCAGGCAAAAAAUUAUUGUCACAGCAAAGGCUUUUGGCCUACAAGCUAUAGACCUUGUGUACAUUGAUUUCCAAGAUGAAGAUGGGCUCCGUAGGCAGUCAAGAGAGGGUGCCCUAAUGGGAUUCACUGGUAAGCAGGUGAUUCACCCUAACCAAAUUGCUGUUGUCCAGGAACAGUUCUCUCCAAGCCCUGAAAAAAUAAAGUGGGCACAAAGACUGAUUUCUGCUUUUGAAGACCAUCAGCGAUUAGGAAAGGGAGCCUUUACUUUCCAUGGGAGUAUGAUAGACAUGCCAUUACUGAAGCAGGCACAGAACAUUGUUACGCUUGCCACAGCCAUCAAGAAAAAAUGAUCUGUUAAAUGAAGCUCUCACCAUGACUGCAGAGAAGCAGUUUUAAAGAACGACUUUGGGAAAAUGUAAAUACAUCAGAGUUAAGCAGAACUCCAUUUACAUUUCCGCAGAUCUGACAUAAUUUUUCUUGCCAGACUUGCUAAUUACCACGGCUAUGUAUGAUUUAAAUUAGUGCUCGCUCCAGUGCAGCCCAGUGUGCUCGUCCUCCUGGAUCCUGGAGUGAAGUCAUAUUGCUGGGUAUAUGACAUCACAAUAACGAUUACAAACACAGCCUUAUGACUUCACUGGGGGACAGCAGCAACAUCUGGGCUGGGAUGAAAACAAGCUCUUCUAAAAUAACAAAUGAAACAAAAAUCAGGUCAAAUGCUUCUGUUUUGUCUGUGCUUUUCCCCGCCCCCAUGAUAUUUGCGGCAGAGUAGAAGUCCUCUUUCGAAGGGCAAAUUCAUGCAUAAUUAUUAAAUAGGUGACACCUUAAAGAUAAUUAAUUAAUUCAUUAAUUAUCUUUAAGGUGCCACCGGACUCCUUGUUUUUAUUAACUAGUUGAAAUUGUUGUUAUGAAAAUCAUUUAAUCUCUGUGUGGGCUUUUCCCCCCUCCUAUAAAUGUACAACAGUAAUUAAAAAAUUAAUGUACCAU